UUUUGGUUUGUUUUGUUUUACUUGUUCGCGGGAUUGAAAUUCGUUCGAACUUGGCGGCUUUGAGGCUAAUUCAGACUAUAAAUAUUAUCACUACAAAUGGAAGAGUUGGAUGAUUCUGCCCCGGAGGAUGAGAAUGUGUUCCACUUUGAGUCCGAGCACCUGGCUCUCCGUGGCAACGAGUGCUAUUCCAGCUUGUUGCGCACCAUUGCAGUGCUGCAAGCCCAACGCAUUCGUGUCCACCAGCAGAUUGAGGAGCUAGAAGCGACUCGGAAAAUGUACCUGAAAAAUCCGCAGCUCUUGUUGGACAAGCUGAGCAGCAACGAACCGCUGAUAUCGGACAACUACAUAGCCAUAGCCCCUUUGCCAGAGCUACCCACAUUGGUGGCAAAGGAGGGAGGCGGAGUGGACUUUAAGUUGCCCACAAGUCAAACGCCUUCGUACACUCCUCAAUUGCCGCAGUCCGCCGAGACGGCGAACGACAGCAGCAGCGGACGGUCGGCUAAACACCACAACCGCCUGUGGACCAACGAGGAGCAGCGACAUUUGGAGCAGCUGCUCAUUAAGUAUCCGCCGGAGGAAGUGGAAAGCCGACGCUUUGCGAAGAUAGCCAAAGCCCUGGGCAAUCGGACGACACAGCAGGUGUUUAGCCGCAUCCAGAAGUACUUCCAGAAGCUGCACGAAGCUGGGAUGCCUGUGCCCGGUCGCCUGCCGAAAUAUCGCCGACCAGCCCUGACGAAACCCAAGUUCAAUAUACGCCGAUCAACGUUUUUUCCUGCCCAGAACAUAUCGCUGCAAAUGCCCGAGGACGAUAUAACCCUGGACGAACUGCGAGGUCUGUCUCCUGCGGGUGCGUUGUCGCCAGCAUCGCCACAAGUCAAGAUGGAGCCGAAGGCCGAGACCGAAAGCCUGGACGGCGAUCUGGAUAAGGAGGCGACGCGUAAGGAGCAGCUGCGUCUGAAACUUCUGACGGCCGUGCUCGAGGAGAAGCAGCAAAUCGAAGAUGGCUACAAUCCCGAUCCGUUGGCGCCCAAGUGCGCCGAGUGUGAGGCGGCGUCUGUGACCAGGACCAACUGGCGCUGCGAUAGCUGCUAUUGCCAUUUAAAUUUAUGCGGGGACUGCCUGGCCGGCCAGUUGAUGGAGGAACGCUUCGAGCAUCUGGGCCACGAGGUGGUUGUGGAUCAGGAUUCAUAGCUUGCGUACAAUUAAUCAAUUAAUAACUAUUUUAAUAAGACAAUUGAGAAAAUGAAUAAAUGCGAUGCAAAAACCAAA